UUCAAGACUUGUUUGCUACUAGUAACCAGUGCAUCGCUUCUAGUAACAAGUGCCUUGCUAGUAGUAACAAGAAGCUACAACAAGAUACGGGGAAGAAGGGAAGAAAUGCUGAAAGAAAGAAAGAAUCACUGGUGCACGCAGCCGCUUGGAUCACGGUGGCUGAAGUCCAAAUGGAAGAGGUGGACAAUGGCGCGGACAAAGUUCAGUCUGUCAUGGAAGCAUUUCAAAAGUAUGAUUUGGAUGGAGAUGGGAUGAUUGACUUCAAGGAGUUGGCUGCGCUAAUGCGUGGCUUGGCAGGGACACCGGUGACACCAUGGGAGGAUCAUGAAGUGAGAGCCUUGCUGAAAGCUAUGGAUUCCGACAAUGAUGGGAAGGUUCUUUUGACGGAGUUCGGCACUUGGCUUUUCGGACAACAGAUGUCAAAAGACGAGGAGUCCUUGCUGAAAACGGCCGAGCUGAAGUUGACGACCCCAAAAGGAGCCAAAGAAGGAACCGGCAUGAACAGCAAAGACAGUAGCAAAGCCGCAGGCAAAGCCGUCAAAGCUCACGGCAAAGCUGAAGGCUCAGGCUUAACGAAGAGCGCCAGCACGAGCAGCAAAAGGAGUGACACCAGUGCACGAGACAAACAUCCUCAGGUGCAUCCGCAAAAGGAAGAUGUUGAAGACGGAGAAGCAGAAGCUGAAGAGGAAGAUGAAGUGGAAGAGACCGGAGAAGACGACGAGGCGGAAGAGGAUGAAGAGGACGAACCCGAGGAAGAGGUGGAAGAGGAGGAAGAUGAAGUGGAAGAUGACGAAGAUGGGGCGGAAGAGGAUGAAGAUAUUGACGUUGACGACAAGGAGUUUACAAAGCUCAGUCAAACUGGUAGAAGUGCUUUGUGGCAGAAGUUGAUGCCUGCUCGAGAGGGUUCUGCACAAGAUGCAGCUGUGAGGAUGAAAACUUUGAAGCCACCCAAUUCGAAAAGACCGGGAGAUCACAAGCAUGCACUGCUUUAUUUGCAGAAUCAUGCCGGUUCCAAUGUCGAACUCGUUGGCAUUAAGCCUCCCGGUGCAGAUCGACAGAAGGCAUUGCGUUGGUUGAAGGAUGCACUCCUGAGAAUCAGCGAAGCUGGAGACAAGUCAUACCAACUGCCAGUGAAGUGGCUGAUUGGGAAUUAUCGCUUGUGGCCAGACGACGAUGAUAGUGGAUUUGUAGACUUGAAGCACUUGGCGGUUGAGAAGUUGGAUGCCAUUGGCCAAAAAUAUGAGGCUCAGUAUGUGGACCGAAAGCUUGGCAUGGAACUAGGCUCUGUGGGGGGAGACUUAGAAUUCAAGAUUCGACCGCGGCAGGAUCACUACCUCAAGGUGAUUGGACCAGUUGCGGAGUAUUUUGGAUUGAACGAAAUCUCCGACAAGGCCUUUCGCCGGCUCAGUCCUGAGGAAAAGGUCGAUGUUGAAGCUGAGCAUGAACGGAAGCAGCAAAGUUCCUUCAUUAUAUUCCUUCUGACUGCAGUUCAUGGUUUGGAUCAUAUCUUUCAAAGUUCUGCCAAAGAGAUUUGCGAAAGUGUGGGUGGUACCUCACGUGCACCUCCUCCAAAGGGCUUUAUGCGAAUGUGGGCCAAGCUUGACACGGACCAUGCAAAGGCAGAAAGCCCGAGGGCGGCAGAGAAUAUCGACACCAAUCGGGUUGCAUGGAUUUUUGAGGAGCCCUCACAACUUCGUGAUGCUUUCAAGAAAGCCAUGGAGGUCUUUGGAGCCCCACUUCGAGUGAAGAAUGGAUAUGAUCCAAACUUUGAUGCCAUGGGGGAGACGAAAGGUUAUCGUAAUAUUUUAGCCAAUUACAAGUUCAGCCCAUCGCUCACCUGGGGAACUCUUGCUAAAGAGUCAACGACACAAGCUGCCUGGGACAACUUUCGGAAGUUGCUGCUGAGCACCUUCUUGAACAUGGGUUACGCUGACGAGACUGCUUUUGAUGAAGAGCUUACGUACUACAUGCAUUGUUGUGAUGCAGCACGGGCACACUAUUCCAACCUGGACAAGGAACCUGUGGAGAUUGUAGUCGAGAUCCAGUACAUGCUCGCAUCAUACUUUGACAUGCGGAAGUACACCCACACAUGGUACAAGAUUGUUAGGGCAGAAGAUGCUGAAGCCUUGGUUGUUGACUACAACUCUUGAAGCUUGACUACAUGUCAACCCGUCAGGCAGAGCUCACACUGAGGCUACCAUCUAAAAGGGCUUUGCAUCGAAUCCUGUAGUGCACUGCCAAAGUUGUCCUAGCAUAUGCAAAUUGAACAAUGAAAAGAAUCGACUUCUGCAAUGAAUCUGCUUUUCAGUCCCCCUUGUCACUUUAAGUUUCAGUUGUGUCGCUGGGCGCAGGAAGCAACCAUUAGAAGUGCCUUCCAAAGGAAGUGGCCAUGCAAAGCAUGGCAAUGCACUGCGAGUCCAAUUGUUUUUCCGUCAGAGAUGCAGCAUACCUGACAUGGCAACACGCGCCUCUUUCGAGAA